UGCGCCAACACCAGCAGCCUCGAGUACUACGACGCGUGGGGGCGCCAGGCUACCGCGACGGAGACUACCGUCCCAAGGUCGACACCAAGCUUUGGAUGUGCGAGCACGGCUGCUGCUCCUUCCGCUCGAAGCUCGACUAUGCAGCUCCAGAACUACUUCAGGUACAUCGAAGUGUCGCCGUACGUGGUGCUGCAGGACAAGACCCAGCAGAGCGACUACGUCAUGUGCCGCGGCAUAGUCGAGGCCUCGCCCCCGCAGAGGCGGUGGAAGGAUCCGCUCGCGCUCAAGCGAGCGAGCAACUUUUCCACGGACGGGUCAUCCGUGAGACGUGACCCAGCAUUGCCAUCUCGACCACAGAACAUCACGAGACCUGUGUUCACUACGCUCAUUACUUACUAG